UGUACAUUUUCCUUUACAUUAGACCUUGAAGUUUAAUGCCACUGGGAUAAGGGCUCUCUGCCGCUUGCCGCCCCCACCUAGUAUUCUGGAUUUGGGGUGAUUCGCCCUUUUGUCCAGGCCCAGGCCUGGGGCUUCAUGGUCAGAGGCAAGGCUCUGGAGGGCCUGGGACAGAGCCACACCAAACCUGUGCCCACUGUCCAGGCAGAGGCCCCCGGCCUCACUCCAGAGUCCUUCCCAGGUUCUGGGUCUGCCUUAGGUACGGAAGUGGGCCACCCAAGGCUGUGCCAGUCAAGAGGACUGGAGAGCAAGGGGCAGGAGGUGCAGCCGGGACACACGGGGACUCUCGUGGGCAGACAGCUGGCUGAUGGCACCCGGCCCGUGAGGAGAGGGCCAGGCUUCAGAGGGCAGCAGCGCAGGAAGGACUGAACUAGCCGUGGUCUUGGAACUGGCCUCCUGUCCCCACGCCUGCAACGAGGCUGACCCUCCUUGAAACAGCUUCUGUUCGGGACGCAGAACAAGACCUCCUGGCCAUGGGAGGGGCUGCGGUCGACGAGGGCCCGACGGGCGUCAAGGCUCCCGACGGGGGCUGGGGCUGGGCCGUCCUCUUGGGCUGCUUCGUCAUCACGGGCUUCUCCUACGCCUUCCCCAAGGCGGUCAGCGUCUUCUUCAAGGAGCUCAUGCGCGAGUUUGGGAUCGGCUACAGCGACACAGCGUGGAUCUCCUCCAUCCUGCUGGCCAUGUUGUAUGGGACAGGCCCGCUCUGCAGCGUGUGUGUGAAUCGCUUUGGCUGCCGGCCCGUCAUGCUUGCGGGCGGCCUCUUGGCAUCCUUGGGCAUGGUGGCUGCGUCCUUCUGUGGAAGCAUCAUCCAACUCUACCUUACCACUGGGGUCAUCACCGGCUUGGGUCUGGCACUGAGCUUCCAGCCCUCACUCAUCAUGCUCAAUGGCUACUUCAGCAAGCGGCGCCCCAUAGCCAAUGGGCUGGCGGCUGCUGGCAGCCCCGUGUUCCUGUGUGCCCUGUCCCCGCUGGGGCAGCUGCUGCAGGACCACUUCGGCUGGCGGGGUGGCUUCCUCAUCCUCGGCGGCCUGCUGCUUAACUGCUGCGUGUGCGCCGCGCUCAUGAGGCCCCUGGAGGUGCCCCGGCCAGGCUCAGGGCCUGGACCUCAGCGGCCAUCCAGGCGGCUGCUGGACCUGAGUGUCUUCAGGGACCGCGGCUUCAUCAUCUAUGCUGUGGCCGCCUCCAUCAUGGUGCUUGGGCUCUUUGUGCCACCCGUGUUCGUGGUGAGCUAUGCCAAGGACCUGGGUGUGCCCGACACCCAGGCUGCCUUCCUGCUCACCAUCCUGGGAUUCAUCGACAUCUUCGCCAGGCCCACCGCCGGCUUCGUCACUGGGCUCAAGAAGGUGCGGCCCUAUUCCGUGUACCUCUUCAGCUUCGCCAUGUUCUUCAAUGGCUUCACCGACCUCACUGGCUCCACGGCCAGUGACUAUGGCGGCCUGGUGGUCUUCUGCAUCUUCUUUGGCAUCUCCUAUGGCAUGGUGGGCGCCCUGCAGUUCGAGGUGCUCAUGGCCAUCGUGGGCACCCAGAAAUUUUCCAGUGCCAUCGGUCUCGUGCUGCUGCUGGAGGCCAUAGCCGUGCUCAUCGGGCCCCCAUCGGGAGGCAAGCUCCUGGACACAACGCACGUCUACCAGUACGUGUUCCUCCUGGCCGGGGCCGAGGUGCUGGCCUCCUCCCUCGUACUGGCGCUGGGCAACCUCUUCUGCAUCAAGAAGAGGCCUGAGGCGGCCCCGGAGGAGCAGCGCCACAAGCCCCCUGCGGACGUGAGGGUGGACUCACGGGAGGUGGAGCACUUUCUGAAGGCAGAGCCGGAGAAAAACGGGGAGGUCACGCACACCCCAGAGACCAGUGUCUGAGUGCAGGCCGCGGGGGCAGCGAACAACAGACACUGUCAACGCUUUUUAUUUAUUUCACCAACAGGACUAGCUGGGUGGGGCCGUCGUUCAGCAGCGGCAGCGCAUCGUCGCCUCAUCAGUAUUUUUCGGGGGAGGUGGUGGGGUGGGAACCGUGUCAUUCCAAAGCAGAUCUGUGAUGAAACGAAGCUGGGAGGACCCAGCUUGCUGACCUGGAGUGGCCUGGUGCCCACCACUGGGCUCAAGGACCUAGAAACCCACACUUCGGAGACAAUGCAACUUUAAUUGGAGGGACAGCUGGGGUACGGAUGUGACGAGCCCUCCCUCUGGCCCCCCGAGUGUCUAAGGGACAGAGCUCCCUCCCUUGCCCUCUGCGAGUCUGAAAUAAACAGUGUGGGAGCAGCCCUCUAGGAAGGCCUUCCCAGA